AAUUCCAAAAAAUCGAUCAAUAUAAAGCUAUUUAUAACCUUUUGUAGAUCAAUGUAUCGAAGCAGAUUACUGAUACCACCAAUAUUAAUAACUAACUUCACUUUAUAAACCAAAUGCUUUUAUUACAGUCGCAACCCAUCGUUCCGCCAAAGAUUCCAAUAUGGCAACCCUCUUUUGACGUUUCAUUCAUGACAAAUGGUCCACACACAAAGAGUUCUAAAAAACCUGGUUGCCCUGAGAAGGAAGAUCAGAAGAAUAACAACUAUGGUGACAGGUUUCCCCAAAUGACUUUUCCAACUCUCCCACAAUUUCCACCCCUCCCAGCAAUUCCAGCCCUCCCCAACUUUCCCAACUUCCCUAAUUUUCCUAAUAUCCAGAUCCCAGAAAUAAAGUUUCCAGAAAUUAAAAUGCCGGAAAUAAAAAUGCCAGAAAUAAAAAUGCCAGAUAUAAAAAUUCCCGAAAUUAAAGUCCCAGAAACUUUGGAUGAAUUGAAUUCACAAAAAGGGAGCGGCUUCCAUAGUUCUUAUAUGGUUUAUUCAAGCGAUGGUAGCGCCAGUAUUAUUAUUAACGACGAAGGACGAAUAAGGCAAAUUACAGUUCCAGCGAAACCGAAGGAGUAAACUUCUGUGGAAUGAUCUACAAGUAUCCAAAGAUAUUAUAUCAACAGAAUAAACAAUUUAAAUAAUAUAAAAAAUAUCGACUGUUUUGCUACUGUAGUACUCGUACUUCC